UUUUGAACUCAAGCUACAAGCUAUUUGACCUAAAAACAUAGCUUAAAUAAGAUUUUAAUGAUUUUUUAUUAUAAACUUUGACCUUUGCUACUUGUUCAUUUAUACACUGUUUUAAAUCUGUACAAAAUGAAUGGAGAAUCCAUUAAUGUACAUGAAGAAAGAGUCUAUUUUAAAUCCGUAAUUUCUACAUUUAGAAGCUACAGAGAACAAUCCUUACUCAGAAUCGAACACAAAGAAAAAUGUCUUGAAAAUCUACCCUACCAUCAUAAACAAUGGUUACAGAAGUAUAAAGAAGAUCUCGAUGAGAUAAAGAAAUGCAUAACAAAGAAUUCUGAUUUUAUUCCAUUAGUUUUAUGUCAAGCACAUUGUAUAUUUGGAAAUGUUUAUAAGGACGAACAAACUUCUCAUUCAGAACAAGAAGUAGGCACUUUGUCAGAAGGCCUAGAUAAAGUACAAUCAGUAUUUAAACAAUUAAUGCGCGAUUGGAGCUCUUUGGGAGCCCCAGAAAGGAAACAGUGCUAUGAACCGAUUUUUGAAGAGAUAUUUGCUAAUUAUCCAGAAGAUAAAUUUGACAGAAGUCGCAUCACCGUUUUGGUACCAGGAGCAGGCCUUGGAAGACUGGCAUUUGAAAUUGCAUCAAGAGGGUUCUUUUGCCAAGGCAAUGAAUUCAAUCUUUUCAUGCUUAUCGUUUCAUUUUUUGUAUUGAAUCGUUGUAAGAAAGUUGAUGAAUAUCAAGUUUUUCCUUGGAUUCAUCAGUAUACCAACAACCUGCGGGUUGAGGACCAAAUGCUUGACGUUAGAUUUCCAGAUGUAAUUCCUACACCUACACCAGAUAGUGGAUUUUCCAUGACAGCAGGAGAUUUUUUGGAAGUUUACACUCACAGUGAUGAAUGGCAUUGUGUAGCGACUUGUUUCUUUAUUGACUGUGCACCCAAUGUGGUCCAAUUUAUAGAAAAUAUAUACAAGAUACUAAAACCUGGUGGAUUGUGGGUCAAUUUAGGACCACUUUUAUAUCACUACUCUGAUAUGAAAAAUGAAAAAAGUGUUGAACCCAGUUUGCAAGUCGUUUUGCAGGUCAUAAAAAGAAUUGGCUUUGAAAUGGAAAAAUGCGAAACCAGCAUAAAGACUAAAUACUGUCAAAAUCCACAAUCUAUGCUGCAGUAUGAGUAUGACAGUGUAUUCUUUGUAUGCCGAAAACCGAUCUCAGUGGAAAAUCACCGAAGUGAUGUGCUAGAUAGCAUUUGUGAUAAUGAAAUUUCUUUUAAUUCUUGAAUUAAUCUUGUCUGAUUGGUGUUACAAGACGUUCUCUUUUUUUUUUAUUAAAAUCUCUGCUUUUAUACGAGACGAGUACAAAUUUUAAAAAGUUCCGAAUUAAAAAAAAUAGAGCACCAAAUCAAAGUUCCUGUCAAAGAGUUAUGCUUCUCUUUUCAAUAAUAACAUAAUUUAUACGAGCCUCGACAACAUAAGGUUUGUAUGAUACCGAUUCCUAUAUAUUUAUUGAUUUUUUGUUAAUAAAUUCCCAUAUUUCUGUCAGUUUCUCAUCUGUAAGUGUUUCAUUGUUUAUUGGAUUAUUCCGUAUAAACAUUUUGAUAAGAUGCCAAAAAGAGUAAAUAUUGUUUAUGGCUGAACUUGUUGAAGACUAACUCUUAGUUUUUUGUAUUUCUUGCUUUGAUAUUUAGCCUCAUCUAGUACUUGCAUAUUACCCCUCCCUGUCAGACCCCCAAUCAUCAAGGAAACAUUUUAUACAAUUUUCUGCUUUAAAGAGAACCGCCUCUCUUACAAUGGCUCUCCUGUGACUUACAAAUUUUAACAAGCUGUCUGACAUUCUGGAUGUUGUAUUGGGUUUCCGGUGAUUUUAUCCCGAAUUCUGUAUCUGAUUAUCCUACCAUAGCAUUUAAUAUAAUCUCUUUCGCUUAUCUCCACUCUGCUUCUUACUCUUUCGGUACAAUUAAAAAUAAUUUUCUACUUUUUUAAAAACACAGGGUCCGUAUAAUAUUAGGAAUGUCUGAAAUAAAAAAUUAAUGCUUAAAAGUAUUCAUUUCAUAAGAUUGCUAAAAACCGACAAUUUUCUGAGAAAUGUUGAAUCAUAUCUUGUAGUUUUCAUACAGUGUUUCAGUUCAGUUAGUAACAAGAUCAAAUACGUGAUUAUUGACAAAUCCGGGAUUAAGAAAGAAAAAAAUUAGGGCAAGGAAAAUCUUUAUAAAUGAAUUAAACUAUGUGUAUAAUAAUUAUCAAAAAUUAACUUGAAAGAAAAUCGAUUAUAUAUUUUUAAAAAUAGUGCCUGAAAAUAUUUUAUUAAAAAAAAA